AUGAAAUGUCACUAUGAAGUGUUGGAAGUGGAACGAGACGCCGACGACGAGACGAUCAAAAAGAACUAUCGAAAACUGGCUCUCCGAUGGCAUCCCGAUAAGAAUCCGGAUAACAUUGAGGAGUGCACUCAACAAUUUCGUCUCCUUCAGGCCGCCUAUGAUGUGUUGAGUGAUACGAGAGAACGAGAAUUCUAUGAUAGACACAGAGAAUCGAUUUUGAAGGGAAAGAAUACGGAAUAUGUGGAACAAUCCGUCCCGUUGUUCCCUUAUUUCAAUGCGAGCUGUUAUCAGGGAUAUGGUGAUGGUCCUAAUGGUUUCUACGCAGUCUACCGUAAAAUCUUCAAAAUUCUCGUCACCGAAGAGUACGAUCAAUACGACGAGAAUCCGAUCGACUAUCCUGAAUUCGGCGAUGCGAACAGUGAUCCGGAGGAGAUUGUCAACAAAUUCUACGGAUUCUGGAUGUCAUUUUCGACGAGUCGAUCGUUCGCCUGGUUAGAUCACUACGAUAUCACACAAGCGUCGAAUCGAUGGGAAUCGAGAAAGAUCGAUCAGGAGAAUCAGAAGUAUCGAGAUAUCGGCAAACAGGAUAGAAAUGAGCAGAUUAGGGAAAUGACAACAUUCGCUCGUAAACGGGAUCCACGUGUCAAACAGUAUCGUGAGAGUUUGGAACGUAAAAAGGCGGAGGCUCAGCAGAAACAAGUGGAGAAUCGGAAGAAACAGAUUGCGAAGAAUCGGGAACUCGCCGAUGCUCAUCUCAACGAUAAAGAGGCGGAAGCCGCGCGUCUUGCCCAUUUGAUUGAAGUCAGUCUUCAGAUGGCCGAAGAUUACGAUACUUGUAGUGAUGAAUGUGAUGAAGAGGGUGAAGAGCUACCGUACUGUGUGGUUUGCAGUAAAUCGUUCAAAACGGUAAACGCGAAGCUAAACCACGAGAACUCGAAACAACACAUUCGUCAAUUAAACGAGCUGAAAAAACAUCUAAAAGAGGAGGACGCGGAGCUAUUCGCUGAAAAAGAGCCGCAAGAAGAGCAAAAGAAAGGUGGCGGCGGGAAAAAGAAUAAGCGAAAAGAUCGAAAGAAGGGAAACGGAAUAUUCGAUGAAGGACCACCGAAUGACGUGAUGAAUGAUGUGAAUAUUGUGAUUCAGGAAACAACAGAAGGAGAGGUUGAGACGGAGAAGGAAUGUACACCGGAAGUUAACCACGCGAAAGAGAAGAAAAAGAGACGAGCCGACAAAAACCAAAAAUCAGCGGCACCAGAAGAGCCGGCCGCCGCCGUCGCCCCACCAUCAAACGAGCCAAAACCAGCGAAAUGUGAUAAUUGUCAAGAAAAAUUCGAUACCCGAACGAAACUAUUUGCUCAUUUGAAAGAAACCGGACACGCGACACUACUCGUGAAUAAAUCCGCUGGGGGGGCCGUUGGAAAUGGCCAACAGAAAAAGGGAAAGAAUAAGAAAGGACAACGGGCGAAUAAGGACGAUGAUUGGUAG